AUGACAACUACCGGAAGCUGCGCCUGCCAUCAGAUUGAGUUUCAAUACUCGGGCAAUCCUGUCCUCACCGCACUAUGCCACUGCGUAGACUGCCAAAAGUGGACUGGUAGCGCCUAUACCUCCAAUGCUGUCGUGCGCCGCGACUCCUUCAAGGUGACAAAAGGCACACCCAAGAUCUGGGAUAUUGCCGGGGAUACAGGCAAGAACAACAGACAUUUCUUUUGCUCUGCUUGUGGCUCUAGCUUGUAUUCAGAGCCUGAAGCUAUGCCCGAUAAGACGCUUGUGAAGGCAGGAACUCUGGACAAGGGCGCUGCAAGCCUAGGGGGCAAGAUAGAUAUCGAACUAUAUACCAAGGAUCGCGUCGGAUAUAUGACUGCCAUGCGCGGUGCAAAGCAAGAGGCUGCUUUUGUCAAUUAG